UAUUAAGAGUUAUAUUCAGGCUCUCUGCUCCUCCCCGUUCGACAGGUAGCCGCAUCUUCUGGUGCAGUGCCAGCCGCGUCCCCGAGACACGAUGGUGAAGGUCGGAGUGAACGGAUUUGGCUGUAUUGGGCGCCUGGUCACCAGGGCUGCUUUUAACUCUGGCAAAGUGGAUAUUGUCGCCAUCAGUGACCCCUUCAUUGACCUCAACUACAUGGUCUACAUGUUCCAGUAUGAUUCCACCCAUGGUAAAUUCCACUGCACAGUCAAGGCUGAGAACAGGAAGCUUGUCAUCAAUGGAAAGUCCAUCUCCAUCUUCCAGGAGCGAGAUCCCACCAACAUCAAAUGGGGUGAUGCUGGUGCUGAGUAUGUUGUGGAGUCCACUGGGGUCUUCACCACCAUGGAGAAAGCUGGGGCUCACUUGAAGGGCGGGGCCAAGAGGGUCAUCAUCUCUGCUCCCUCUGCCGAUGCCCCCAUGUUCGUGAUGGGUGUGAACCAUAAGAAGUAUGACAACUCUCUCAAGAUUGUCAGCAAUGCCUCCUGCACCACCAACUGCUUGGCCCCUCUGGCCAAGGUCAUCCAUGACAACUUUGGCAUCGUGGAGGGACUCAUGACCACCGUCCACGCCAUUACUGCCACCCAGAAGACCGUGGAUGGCCCCUCUGGGAAGCUGUGGCGCGACGGCCGAGGGGCUGCCCAGAACAUCAUCCCUGCUUCCACUGGCGCUGCCAAGGCUGUGGGCAAGAUCAUCCCUGAGCUGAAUGGGAAGCUCACUGGCAUGGCCUUCCGUGUCCCCACCCCCAAUGUGUCCGUCGUGGAUCUGACCUGCCGCCUGGAGAAAGCUGCCAAAUACGACGACAUCAAGAAGGUGGUGAAGCAGGCAUCAGAAGGCCCCCUCAAGGGCAUCCUGGGGUACACUGAGGACCAGGUUGUCUCCUGCGACUUUAACAGCGACACCCACUCCUCCACGUUCGAUGCCGGGGCUGGCAUUGCUCUCAACGACCACUUUGUCAAGCUCAUGUCCUGGUAUGACAAUGAAUUCGGCUACAGCAACCGGGUGGUGGACCUUAUGGUCCACAUGGCCUCCAAGGAGUAAGAGCCCCCUGGACCACCAGCCCCAGCGAGAGCAAGAGGAAGAGAGAGGCCCUCAGCUGCUGGGGAGUCCCUGCCCCAACUUACCCCCCAAACACUGAGAAUCUCCCGACCUCCUCCGUUUCCAUCCCAGACCCCCUGAAGAAGGGGAGGGGCUUGGGGACCCCUACCUUGUCAUGUACCAUCAAUAAAGUAUACUGUACCCAGCCAAAAAAAAAAAAAAAAAAAGAGUUAUAUUCACAAAAAGAAAAACUUAACAAAAAAAUACAACUCAGGACAAAAAUGAACCCAAGACAAACCUUUAAAAUAUACAAGUCAAAAGGAAUCACUGCAAUAAAUGGACAAACCCACAAAUUUAGUGGAGAUUUUAAUAUACCUCUCUCAGAAACUUAGAAGUGGGUAUAUGAAUGGCCAAUAAGUAUGUGAAAGGUGUGUAAGAUUUUUACAGCAAAAAUUGUUAAACUUUAUUCAAAGGUAUUUUUAAAAAUAUUUUAUUUAUUUAUCUAUCUAUCUAUCUAUCUAUCUGUCUGUCUAUUAGAGAACUUGUGGUGGGGGUGGGGAGAGGGACAAAGAGACUCUGUGCUGAGUGAGGAGCUCAAGACAGGGCUCGAUCUCAUGACCCUGAGAUCAUGACCUGAGCCAAAAUCAAGAGUCGGACGCUCAACCGACUGAGCCACCCAGGCGCCCCCAAAGGUAUUUUUUUUUAAAAGGCCUGAAAAGAAUAACAAAACAGACCUGAGUAGAAAAAUAACCGACAUUCCUGGAUGGGAUGGUUCAAUAUUAAAAGAUCUCAGUAUCAAUUCAAUGCAAUUCUAACCAAAAUCUCAAAUUUUUGUGGAGCUCAUGGAACUUGAAAACGUAUCCUAAAUUCAUAUGUAAGAGCAAAAGCCCAAGAAUAGUGAAAACAAUUUUGAGAACUAGGAUGGAGACUUGCCUUUCUUGUUACCAACUGCCGUAAGACACAUUAUAAAACCAAGGUAAUUAAAACAGUGUGAUAUGGCAUAAAGACACAUGGAUCAGUGGAAUAAAACAGAGAGCCCAGAAACAGAUCCCUGCACUUAUAAGAACUUGGUACAGGACAGAGUUGGUUCUGAUUCAGCAGGUAAAGGAUUUCAUCGAUGGUGUUGGGACAAACGAUCAUCCAAUCAGAAAAAGGUAAUACUCGACCUCUACUUUAUGUCAUAUACAAGCCAAUUUUAAAUGGAAAGUAAUUCAUAAUAAAACAGCAUAUGUUUAAAUAUACAAAUGUUCAGGCUGACUACACUAGAAUACAUAAUGAAGUACAGCAGUCAGAUGCUUGCGCCUAAACUUAGAAUCACCAUGAGCGCAAAAGCUACAAACGUGGGCUCAUGCAGGUGUGCUGUAUGGUAACUCAAAUACCACGAGCUGGGCUGCCUUCAGCUAUGUGAUUUUCUCAAGUGAUGAACAACUCUUGUUAAAGUUCCAAAACACAAGUAAGUAUAAUUUCCCCUUCAUUUACAUUUGCAUUGCAUUCCUGGAAAUUUUACUAUGUCAAACUGUGCCAAAAGAGACAUUAUGUUUAUAUGAAAAAUGGAGUUAGGUUCUAGGCUGAGAUUAGAAAUGAGUAUCCUGUGGGACACUCGAAAAUGGUACAGGAUGCAGGACAACUCUUCACUGCAGAAUAUCUAGCAUCCCCAGCCCUGCUCCGUAAACCCCGGUAGUGCCUCCAAAUCACAAUAAUAACCAAAUGUGCUCUCACAAAUCCCAAAAUGACCAAUAGGGCGGUACCAUCCCCUUGGAGAACCAGUGCUCUAGAAAAACUCUUGCAUAAAGAGAUGUGUACAAGGAUGUUCAUUGCAGUUUUUUUUCGAAAUAGCAAAACAUCUGAAAAAACCUAAGUGUCCACCAAUAAGGGAAUGGAUACAAUAUUAUAUACUCAUAAUGAACACUUAGAAUGAACUUGACUAUCUGUAUUGAUAUGAAUGUUAUCUCGAAAACAAUGUUGAGUGAUAAAAGCAAAUUACCAAAUGAAGCCCACAGUAUGAUACUACUAUUUUCAAAAUUUAAGAAGUAGUAAAAGUAACCAACUGUGCCACUCAGUGGUGCAAAGUAAGCAUUUGAUUCUUGGUUUCAGCUCAGGUCACGAUCUCAGGGUCAUGAGAUAGAGCUCUGCGUAGGGCUCUCGCUCAGCGUGGAGUCUGCUUAAGCUUCUCUCUCCCUCUUCCUCUGCCCCACUCCCUGUCCUGCACUCUCUCACACGUGCUCUCUCUCAAAUAAGUAAAUCUUAAAAAAAGUAAUAUAUUGUUUAUGAAGUACAUAUAUACUGUACAAAUAUAAAUACAUGGGCAUGAAUGAUGCACCAUUUCAAAAGAGUGUUUGCCUCUUGGGAGAGAAGAAGGAAGGCAAAUGGGGCCAGAAAAGAGAACAAAAGGGAUCUCAAUUAAAUGUGAUGUUUUAUUUACUUAAAAGAAAAAACGUAAGCAGAUGUGCCAAAAUGUUAGUUUGUUAAUCUAGUUAGUAGAGCAUAGGUAUCUGUUAUACUACCCAGUGUAAUAUUCUCUAUUUAUGAAAUUCCUGAGAGAAUUCUUAAUUUUUAAAGAGGUAGCUGGUGGCUCAGUGCCUAUGAGUCGAGAUCAGAGACCAGACUGGUGACCAGUAGGGGACUCUGGAUAAGGGAUGAUGAGGGUCUGGACUCCUGUCUUAGCUGUGGAAAUGCAAAGGAGAAAAGGGAAAAGGUGUUAGAGAUGACUCGGGUUUCCUGCUUGGUUGACUGAGCUGAUAGUACUACCCUAGCAAGAUAACUAGUUAAGUUUAAUUGCUGUUUUGGAUAAAUUAUAAAAAUAACCUGUAAAACUUGGACCAACUCUAAUGCCUAGAAUACAGGGCAAGUGGUGGUUGAAGGUGGUACCGUUAGAAACAUGGCCUUUCAAUCCCCUAUGGAAUAAUAAAGGUUCAUGAGACACUGGGAGUCCGUAUAUGGCAUGGCUUUAAAGUAAUGAGAUAAAUACCCCCAAGCUCUUAUAAGAAUACAGUUCAUCACUUUAUAACCAAACUGUGUACAUUUUCUGGUUAAGCAUGGAAAGGAAAGCCUGGAUAUAGUAUAGAGUGCUGCUGUGGAAAAGAAGUGAACAUCUGGUCAUUUUAUCUUGUUAAUUCUGUGUGGGAAUAAUACUUGUGAUUAUUUCCCAUACUGUAAUAGCAAAUUACUGAGUAAAUAUGAUUAAAAAAUUAAAA